GCCGCUGCGGGGACUCUGGCUCCAGGCUCCUGGCGAGAUCCCCGAGCCCCGGCGGCUGGUGCUGGGAGCCCGGAGCCCGGGCUGCAGCCGGGAGAGGGGAAUCUCCAGCAGGGCCCUUCCCGCUGCUCCCCAGGAGCCUCUCCCAGGGCAGAGCCCCCAGCCCGGCCAGGCCCCUUCCCGGCCCGGCCCCUGCCCCAGGGGGCCCCGCUCGGAGGGAAGGCUGAAGAAUCACGUCCAUGUUUCGCUCCAGAUGGGCCCGUCUUCCAUGAGACAGGGAAGGGAAAUGUCUGUGAUGGAGCCAGCUCAGAUGCCGGUGACCUUCGAAGAGGUGGCUGUGUAUUUCACCCAGGGGCAGGGGGCUCUGCUGAACCCCGCUCAGAGAGCCCUCUACAGGGAUGUCAUGCAGGAGAACUACGAGACAGUGACCUCACUGGGAUUUCCCAUUCCCAAACCUGAACUGAUUGCCUGGCUGGAAAGAGGGGAAGACCCGUGGGUGCCCGAUCUCCAGGCCUGCAAGGAAAGAAGGCUUCCGAGAUGCACCCGUACAGCAGGUGCUGAGCAAGGGAGUGAGAACGAGGAGGGGAAUCAUCAUGAGGAAGUUCCCGGGGAAGUGGAACCGCAGGGGACCUUUGUGGGAAGAGCUGAAGGGAAUUUUUCCCAGUCCUUGGAGCAGGCAGAAGCCUGGGGAAGUUGGCACAGGUCAGAGAGGAUUCUGGGAAACCACCCAGGGAAGAAAGUGGAUGAAUGUGUUAGCGGUGGGGGAAGAGAGGAGGAUCCCAGAGCGCAGCAGACAAAUCCCAAGGAAGAGACUCCCUGGCACUACCUUCAGUGUGGGAAAGGAUUCAUUGUGAGAUCACACCUUGUUCAACAUCAGGCAAUCCACACACGAGUGCGACCAUACAAGUGCUUGGACUGUGGGAAAAGUUUCAUACAAAGGUCAGACCUUGUUAGACAUCAGGCAAUCCACACAGGAGUGAAACCGCACAAGUGCUUGGACUGUGGGAAAAGUUUCAUACAGAGGUCACACCUUGUUAAACAUCAGGCAUUACACACAGGAGAAAGACCUCACAAGUGCUUGGGCUGUGGGAAAAGCUUCAUACGGAGGUCACACCUAGUUCGUCAUCAGGCAUUACACACAGGAGAGAGACCCCACAAGUGCUUGGACUGUGGGAAAAGUUUCAUAAGAAGGUCACACCUUGUUAAACAUCAGGCAUUACACACAGGAGAAAGACCCCACAAGUGCUUGGACUGUGGGAAAAGUUUCAUACAGAGGUCACACCUAGUUCGUCAUCAGGCAUUACAGACAGGAGAGAGACCCCACAAGUGCUUGGACUCUGGGAAAAGAUUCAUAAGAAGGUCACACCUUCUUUAUCAUCAGGCAUUACACACAGGAGAGAGACCCCACAAGUGCUUGGACUGUGGGAAAAGUUUCAUAAGAAGGUCACAUCUUGUUCAACAUCAGGCAGUCCACACUGGAGAGAGACCCCACAAGUGCUUGGACUGUGGGAAAUGUUUCACAGUGAGGUCAAACCUUGUUAAACAUCAGGCAAUCCACACAGGAGUGAGACCCCACAAGUGCUUGGACUGUGGGAAAAGUUUCAUACAAAGGUCAGACCUUGUUCAACAUCAGGCAUUACACACAGGAGAAAGACCUCACAAGUGCUUGGACUGUGGGAAAAGUUUCAUAAAAAAGUCAAACCUUGUUCAACAUCAGGCAAUCCACACUGGAGAGAGACCCCACAAGUGCUUGGACUGUGGGAAAUGUUUCACAGUGAGGUCAAACCUUGUUAAACAUCAGGCAAUCCACACAGGAGAGAGACCCCACAAGUGUUUGGACUGUGGAAAAAGUUUUAUACAAAGGUCAGACCUUGUUCAACAUCAGGCAAUCCACACAGGAGAGACUCCAGAGCUCUGGCUCCAGGCUCCUGGCGAGAUCCCCGAGCCCCGGCGGCUGGUGCUGGGAGCCCGGAGCCCGGGCUGCAGCCGGGAGAGGGGAAUCUCCAGCAGGGCCCUUCCCGCUGCUCCCCAGGAGCCUCUCCCAGGGCAGAGCCCCCAGCCCGGCCAGGCCCCUUCCCGGCCCGGCCCCUGCCCCAGGGGGCCCCGCUCGGAGGGAAGGCAGAGGAAUCACGUCCAUGUUUCGCUCCAGAUUGGCCCAUCUUCCAGGAUGCAGGGAAGGGAAAUGUCUGUGAUGGAACCAGCUCAGAUGCCGGUGACCUUCGAGGAGGUGGCUGUGUAUUUCACCCAGGGGCAGGGGGCUCUGCUGGACCCCGCUCAGAGAGCCCUCUACAGGGACGUCAUGCAGGAGAACUAUGAGAUGGUGACCACACUGGGAUUUCCCAUUCCCAAACCUGAGCUGAUUGCCUGGAUGGAACGAGGGGAAGAGCCGUGGGUACCCGAUCUCCAGGCCUGCAAGGAAAGAAGGCUUCCGAGAAGCACCUGGGCAGCAGGUGCUGAGCGAGGGAGUGAGAAUGAGGAGGGGAAUCAUCAUGAGGAAGUUCCCGGGGAAGCGGAACCGCAGGGGACCUUUGUGGGAAGAGCUGAAGGGAAUUUUUCCCAGUACUUAGAGCAGGCGGAAGCCUGGGGAAGUUGGCACAGGUCAGAGAGGCUUCUGGGAAACCACCCAGGGAAGAAAGUGGAUGAAUCUAUUAAUGGUGGGGGAGGAGAUGAGGAUACCAGAGCGCAGCAGACAAACCCCAAGGAAAAGACAACCUGGCACUACCUUCAGUGUGGGAAAGAAUUCACUGUGAGAUCACAGCUUGUGACAGAUCAGACAAACCAUACUGAAGAGAAACCCCUUCGAUGCUUGGACCAUGGGGAAAGCUUCAAUAAGCUCUCAGAUCUUAAUAACCAUGGGAGAAGCCACACUGGAGAGAAACCCUCUCAAUCCCUCGAGUGCGGGAAAUGUUUCAUUUCGAAGACACAAAUAAUUAGACAUCAGUUAAGCCACACAGGGGAGAAGCCCCAUAAAUGCUUGGAUUGUGGGAAAAGUUUCAUACAGAGGUCAGAUCUUGUUAAACAUCAGGCAAUCCACAUGGGAGAGAAACCCCACACGUGCUUGGACUGUGGGAAAAGUUUCACAGAGAGGUCAAACCUUGUUAAACAUCAGGCAAUCCACAUAGGAGAAAGACCCCACAAGUGCUUGGACUGUGGGAAGAGUUUCAUAAGAAAGUCAAACCUUGUUGAACAUCAGGCAAUCCACACAGGAGAGAGACCCCACAAGUGCUUGGACUGUGGGAAAAGUUUCAUAAGAAGGUCACACCUUGUUUAUCAUCAGGCAAUCCACACCGGAGAGAGACCCCACAAGUGCUUGAACUGUGGGAAAAGUUUCAUGAAAAGGUCAGACCUUGUUAAACAUCAGGCAUUACACACAGGAGAAAGACCCCACAGGUGCUUGGACUGUGGGAAAAGUUUCAUACAGAGGUCACACCUAGUACAUCAUCAGGCAAUCCACACAGGAGAGAGACCCCACAAGUGCUUGGACUGUGGGAAAAGUUUCAUACAAAGGGCAGACCUUGUUCAACAUCAGACAAUCCACACAGGAGAGAGACCCCACAAGUGCUUUGAGUGUGGGAAAAGUUUCAGAAGAAAGUCAACCCUUGUUGAACAUCAGGCAAUCCACACAGGAGAGAGACCCCACAAGUGCUUGGACUGUGGGAAAAGUUUCAUAAGAAGGUCACACCUUCUUUAUCAUCAGACAAUCCACACAGGAGAGAGACCCCACAAGUGCUUGGACUGUGGGAAAAGGUUCAUGAAAAGGUCAGAUCUUGUCAAACAUCAGGCAUUACACACAGGAGAAAGACCCCACAAGUGCUUGGACUGUGGGAAAAUUUUCAUACAGAGGUCACACCUUGUUCAACAUCAGGCAAUCCACACAGGAGAGAGACCGCACAAGUGCUUGGACUGUGGGAAAAGUUUCAUAAGAAGGUCACACCUUAUUCAACAUCAGGCACUCCACACAGGAGAGAGACCCCACUGGUGCUUGGACUGUGGGAAAAGUUUCAUACAAGGGUCAGACCUUGUUCAACAUCAGGCACUCCACACAGAAGAGAGACCCCACAAGUGCUUGGAGUUUGGGAAAAGUUUCAUAGAGAGGUCAAACCUUGUUCAACAUCAGACAAUCCACACAGGAGAGAGACCCCACAAGUGCUUGGAGUGUGGGAAAAGUUUCAGAAGAAAGUCAAACCUUGUUGAACAUCAGGCAAUCCAUACAGGACAGAGACCCCACAAGUGCUUGGACUGUGGGAAAAGUUUCAUAAGAAGGUCAUGCCUUGUUCAACAUCAGGCAAUCCACACAGGAGAGAGACCCCACAAAUGCUUGGACUGUGGGAAAAGUUUCAUACAAAGGUCAGACCUUGUUAAACAUCAGGCAUUACACACAGGAGAGAGACCUCACAAGUGCUUGGACUGUGGGAAAAGUUUCAUACAGAGGUCACACCUUGUUCAACAUCAGGCAAUCCACACAGGAGUGAGACCCCACAUGUGCUUGGACUGUGGAAAAUGUUUCAUACAGAGGUCACACCUUGUUCAACAUCAGGCAAUCCACACAGGAGCCAGACUGCACAAGUGCUUGGACUGUGGGAAAAGUUUCAUACAGAUGUCACACCUUGUUCAACAUCAGGCAAUCCACACAGGAGAGAGAUCCUAUAAGUGCUUGCACUGUGGGAAAAGUUUCAUACAGAUGUCACACCUUGUUCAACAUCAGGCAGUCCACACAGAAGAGACUCCACAGGUGCUUGGACUAGGAAAAGUUUCAUACGGAGGUCAGACCUCAUUAAACAUUGAAGAAUCCACACAAGAUGUAAACUUCUGUGACACAUGGCAAGAAAGGGUUAAGCAACUUGCAUGUAAUUGACUCAGAUUCAACUUUUAGAGAGAGAUUUUAAAAGUUUGUCCACCUUAGAUAAGCUAGAGUUUGAACUGUAAAUGUGUAUUUUUGAAGACUUGGAAGAAGAGGUCAAGUCAAGUCUGAGUAACGUAAUUGCCUUCUAUGACGAGAUAACUGGCCCUAUGGAUGAGGGGAAAGCAGUGGAUGUGUUAUUCCUUGACUUUAGCAAAGCUUUUGAUAUGAUCUCCUACAGUAUUCUUGCCAGCAAGUUAAAAAUGUAUGGGCUGGAUGAGUGGACCAUAAAGUGGAUAGAAAGCUGGCUAGAUUGUCGGGCUCAACGCGUAGUGAUCAAUGGUUCCAUGUCUAGUUGGCAGCCGGUAUCAAGCAGUUUUGUUCAGUAUCUUCAUUAAUGAUCUGGAGGAUGGUGUGGAUUGCACCUUCAGCAAGUUUGCAUAUGACACUAAACAUCCUCCAGAUCAUUAAUGAAGAUACUGAACAAAACCGGCCCCAGGACCGACCCUUGGGGCACUCUGCUUGAUACCGCCUGCUAGCUAGACAUGGAGCCAUUGAUCACUACCAGAUGCGCUGGAGGGUAGGGAUAGGAUACAGAGGGACGUAGACAAAUUAGAGGAUUGGACCAAAAUAAAUCUGAUGACAUUCAACAAGGACAAGUGCAGAGUCCUGCACUUAGGACAGAAGAGUCCCAUUCACUGCUAGAGACUAGGGACCGAAUGGCUAGGCAGGAGUUCUGCAGAAAAGAACCUAGGGGUUACAGUGGAUGAGAAACUGGAUAUGAGUCAACAGUGUUCCCUUGUUGCCAAGAAGGCUAAUGGCAUUUUGGGCUGUAUAAGUAGGGGCAUUGCCAGCAGAUCGAGGGACGUUAUCGUUCCCCUCUAUUCAACAUUGGUGAGGCCUCAUCUGGAGUAUUGUGUCCUGUUUUGGGCCCCACACUACAAGAAGGAUGUAGAAAAAUUGGAAAGAGUCCAGCGGAGGGCAACAAAAAUGAUUAGGGGGCUGGAGCACAUGACUUAUGAGGAGAGGCUGAGAGAACGGGGAUUGUUUAGUCUACAGGAGAGAAGAAAGAGGGGGGGAUUUGGUAGCUGCUUUCAACUAUCUGAAAGGGGGUUCCAAAGAGGGUGGAUCUAGACUGUUCUCAGUGGUACCAGAUGACAGAACAAGGAGUAAUGGUCUCAAGUUGCAGUGGGUAGGUUUAGGUUGGAUAUUAGGAAAAACUUUUUCACUAGGAGGGUGGUGAAGCACUGGAAUGGGUUACCUAGGGAGGUUAAUUUCCUUCCUUAAAGGUUUUUAAGGUCAGGCUUGACAAAGCCCUGUCUGGGAUGAUUUAGUUGGGGAUUGGUCCUGCUUUAAGCAGGGGGUUGGAGUAGAUGACCUCCUGAGGUCCCUUCCAACUCUGAUAUUCUAUGAUUCUAAGAGGGGUAACUGUAGUAAUCUAUGUUUAGCUAUCCAAAGGGUUCCUGUAUUCUGUUAAAUCAGGGAUCAAUAAUUCAGCGAUUAUACCCGUCGCCCAUACCACCUGCCCUAUUCUAUCUCAGUCUCAUUGAAUUCGCUGGGGGUAGGGGCUGAAGGAGGGAAUGUUUAUAGCUGAAAUCGCCAAAAUGUGUUUUGCAAGGUUAAUGUUAAUCGGAUCUGUUCCGCUCUCCUGCUCGGACAUUUUCUCUGGGGAUCCCGGAGACGGAAAGGAGCAGGUGUUGCCAUCUUGGCUACCAAUCCCCACGGUGACUCUCUACACUAGCAAUUCUCAAACUGUGGGCAGAGCCUCCCAGUAGAGGCACAGUAGAGGCACAGGAAUGUGUCAAGGGAGGCGUGAUCAGUGUGGGCUGUUUGUUUGUUUUUUUAAAGAGCACUGGCUGUUGGCCCCAGUUGGCCUUGGCUCAUGAGGAAGGAACAGGCCUAUCUGGGAGAUGGGGAUAAAUGCUCAGGUUCUCAAACCCAGCUGGAGCAGCAGCACAGAAGUCGGGGUGGCAAUGGGGUGAUAAGUCUGCUGUGAACAGCUAUAUGGAGGAAUAUCACUUUUCACGUGGCCACCCUAACUUCUGUGCUGCUAUUGGAGUCCUUCAAAGCUGUGCACAUCGCCAGCAACCACUCUGCCAUUAGAGCUGGGUGGUGAUAUAUGUGCUUUUGAGGGUUGGAGUGUAAAUGACCAAAGACACAAAGAAGUGGUGGGGGGGGGCUGAUGAAAUGCAUUUGAGAACCUCUGGUCUACACUCUUAUGGGCACCACGUUUACAAAAUGAUAAUUCUUCUCCAAAGUAUGUCUUGUGAGGUAUCAUAGGGAAGGUCAUCGCCUGCUGAAUAUUAUUGUCCCAUUAAAAUAUGUCUAUCAGCACUGUCCAUGGAGCUCUGAGAGUUUGCUGUAUGUUUGUUACAUGCUGAAAAGCUGGAAAACACCAACAGAUGAGCUCCCCACAGUCAAUGGUACCUGCACACCAGCUAGGUGCUAAGUGGCCAGUAAUUGCUUAGCCGGCCAUUCUCCAGCUGUGGAGCUGUGAACAAGACAGUUACAAUUCACCGGAAGGACGGCUGGACGCUCACUUAGGCCACAGACUGAUUGUCGGCUGCUCCCCGGGUGGGGGGCGAACCUCAAAGAGGAGAGUGGUACAAAAGCACAAGGGAGAAUUGCCUCCAUUUUUCUCUCUCCUCUCCCAUCUUUACAGAAGGCAACAAGAUGGCUUGAAAGGCAACAGGAGCCUUGGAUUGCGGAGGGUGGAUCAAGGCUGGAAGGAAAUCCAGGCUGGGUACUAAGAGCUGCGAACUGCCUGCAAGAGUGGGUGGGGUGGGAAAUCCUGUUUUCUUCACAUCUUCCUUAGUUUGGUAAAAUUUAGGAUUUAAAAUGCAUGUUUUAAUUUUAUAGUUUUAACCCAUUCUGACCUUUUACAUCUUUCUCCCCUGUAAUCCCUGAAAACCUCCUUGCUCCAGUUAAUAAACUGGUUUUAGUGUUUUGUCUGGACCUGUGUGUUUUCAGGGAAGUAUUUGGAGGAUUUGACUGGGGAGAACAAGGCUGUGGCCUAAUCCGGCCCCUUUGUGGGGGUGACCCACUAAUUACUGAGUUUGUCCAUCACAGUGAACAGACUGAGCAGUCCAAGAUGCACAUUCCCGGGGUGCAAGGCUGGGAAUAGAGAACUGGCUGAUGUUGCUGUGUCGUUUGGUACAUUCCUGAGUGUCUGGCUGGUCGCACUCAGUGCAGUGCAGCCAGGAGUGACUUUGAAGGCUGGUGGCUGUGUGGGAGCAGAGCGUGGGGGGGUUUGUUGUUCACACAGGGAAGCAGCAGGGUGGAUUUCAUUUAAAUCACUAGUCAGGAAGACUCGAUUUAAUCAUGGGUUUCUACAUAAAAAUGUAUUCUUGUUGGUUGUUAUAACCUUUAAUACAUAUUCUUCACAACGCAGAGAUAGAGCUUUGAGGAGGGGGUUGGACUAGAUGACCUCCUGAGGUCCCUUCCAACCCUGAUAUUCUAUGAUUCUAUGUAGGUUUCAUUUUUAGAAGGUACACACUGUACAUUUUUAAACAGUGAUUUAUUUUGAAAACUUUUCAGAUUAGUUUUACAGCUAAAUCAGACAAUGCAUGUUUGUUUGGUUAUUUCAUUACCAAAGGUAAUUGAAGCAGAUAUUUAUGAAGUCAUUAGGAGGUGAACUAUCUCCAAUUCAAGAGGUUAAUCAUUAAUAGUUGUAGGAUUUUCUUGCCAUGCUGUAUUAGGAGGAGAACAUCACCAGACAGACAUUUAAAUUGUUUUAUUUAACUAAAACAAAAAUGUUCAGUAUUCUGAGGUAAGGGAUUGACUCUGUGUACACAAAGUUGCAGAGGGACAAUAGAGGUGAGGUCUGUUAUUUCUCACCUCCAAAUAUUCAUUUAUUUUAAAACCUUUUUACAGUUAACAAGUAUGUUACCUUUGGAGACACAAAGCCACAGUUUGAGAACUGGAAAACUAAGCAUCUCUGAUGGUAUCUUCUAGACUAAGCACUGAGUCCCAUUGGGUAGAUAGAAAGAUUAACCUAAGUAAUCUAUACAGAAGCCUCUGGAACCCCAUAAGACUGGGUCCUUAAUGCAUGAAUAUAGGAACUCAUUUACAAAACUUUUCUUAAACAUGACAUGACUAUAUUGUCUCAUACUAUAGAAUUGGAAUGUAUAAUCCCUAUUCCAUGAUGAGAGAUCUUUGAGCUAUAAUGUAUCUUAAUUAAAACUAUCUUUAGAUAAAAAUUUCC